AUGAAAUAUCAAACACGUUCAUUAACCCUCAUUAGACUCGCUUAUGCUCAUUAUGACUCACCUUCGAACAAUUCCAAUUGUCGCUGUUAUGUAUUUCCACAAAUACCAAUUUUCUUAUACCCGUACUUUCUGUAUCUGUUGAAAAAGAAUUUCCUGGAGAACGCUAUACCGCCUAUACCGCUUAUACCGCCUAUACCGCCUAUACCGCCCUAUACCGCUUAUACCGCCUAUACCGCUUAUACCGCCUAUACCGCCUAUACCGCCUAUACCGCUUAUACCGCCUAUACCCCCUAUACCGCCUAUACCGCUUAUACCGCACUAUACCGCCCUAUAGGGAAGCUACUGAAUAUUAUCCCUUAUCCGCCUACCUGGGGCCACACGGACCCCAGAUACGCUCUAGUGUACACUAGUACAACAUACCAUUGUUAUCAGUUGCUUCUUCUCAUUAAUCAUUUAGGAGAUAAAUUAUCUAAAACUGCCAUUCGAAAUAGUAAAAUCACUCUAUACCACGUCACUUAUGACUAUUAUCAAAAGACAUGGCUCCGAAAAGAUGUUCCACCUUCCAUCAAUCAAAAGUUUUGCAAAAAAGCCUCAAAAUAUUUCGGUGAAGAAUCCAGUGAUGAAGAACCCAACAUUGAAGAUACUAACCGAAAUAGUGAAUCUAAAGAUGAAAAAAUACCUUCUACUCUUCAAGAUAGUUCUGAUGUAUCAGACGAUAGUGUAGUUGAUGAAGAUUCAGAUGACAAAUCCGCGGAAAAUACUGUCGAAACUGAUGAUAUUAGUGAUGAGGAACCACCGCGACGUCGAGCGAAACGUAGACCACCCGUCGAACCAAUACCAGUUAAAAUAUUUACUGCAAAAUCUGGUCCUAAUAUAUUACGACAGAAUAGCGGUGUUGGCCGAGCAACAGCUGGCAUACAAACUUUGAAAGAAGCAUUUCAACUUAUGAUUACUAAAGACAUGGUUCUUCUUUUAGUAAAUGAAACCAACCGACGUGCACAACUGGUUUUAGAACGAUGGAAUAAAGAAAAUCCAGACAAAAAAAGCCAAUGGAGGGAUACAGAUCUUGAUGAAAUGUGGGCUUUCAUUGGAUUAUUGCUCCUUGGUGGUGUUCAUCGUGCAAAAAAUGAAACUCUAGAUGAACUUUGGUCAAUGACAAAUGGCCGACCAAUCUUUCGAGCAACUAUGAGCAAAAAUCGUUUCAAAAGCUUACUACAGAUUUGCCGAUUCAACAAUAAAAUAAAUCGUGAAGACAGAUUGAAAACAGAUAAGUUGGCGGCAAAAAGAGACCUUUGGACAAUGUUCUCGGUCCGCCUGCCAAUAUGCUACACGCCUGGCGGAUCACUCACUGUGGAUGAACAGCUAAUUCCAACUCGUGGCCGAUGUAGUUUUCGACAAUAUAUGCGUAACAAACCUGGGAAAUAUAAGUUGAAGAUCUUCUGGUGUUGUGAUGCAGAUUCAGCAUAUCCAUCGAAUGCUGAAGUUUAUUGGGGACGUCAAUCUGGAGCAACAGCUGCUGCUAAAGAUGGAAAUAAAAUUCGUAGCCUAGUGAAUCGAUUGGUAAAUCCUUGGAUCAAUACAGGACGAACAAUAACUACGGAUAAUUAUUCCACCAGUGCAGAGCUGAAGGAAGUUCCACAAGAACUACAACCAGAUACUCAUCGUCCUCAACAAACAUCGAUAUUUUGUUUUGACCGGCAGCUGACUUUAGUCAGCUAUGUGCCCAAGAAGGGACAUGCUGUGAUUUUAUUGUCAUCUCUUCAUCAUGAUCGGUCAGUUGUAGAUGAAGAAAAGAAGAAACCAGAAAUUAUUAUAUAUUACAACAACACAAAAGGUGGUGUCGAUCGUAUGGAUGAAAUGGUCCAAACAUAUUCUUGCAAACGAAAGACAAAACGAUGGCCAAUGGUUUUCUUCUUUAACAUCAUUGAUGUUGGUGCUGUUGCUGCUUUCACUGUUUGGAUAGUUAAAAACACUCAAUGGAACGCGAAGAAAAGGUAUCGUCGACGUUUAUUUCGUAUGGAUUUAGGAUAUGAUCUCAUUCAACCUCAUUUAGAGAAAAGACAACUUCAAUCACAAGCACUUCAAAAAUAUGUUCGAAUAGGUAUGCAAGCUAUUGGAAUAAAAACUGUUGCUGUUCCUCAGACAAACACAACCACAGCAACCACUACAAAGCAACGUUAUCGCUUUUGUCCGAGAGAACGCGACCGCAAAAUAGCAACUCAUUGCUCAACUUGUAACACAGCAUGUUGUCCUGAUCAUCAUAAAAUUAUUUGCACUAUGUGUAGCGAAAGAUUUUUAGCAUAA